AAAUGGAUGCUGGGGAUUUUCGUCCCGUGGUAGUGGAUUACAUGUCAGGACUCUGGGACCACUGACCGUACUCCGUAGCACAAUGAUCAAGCGCGCAGUUUGAAUGAUGGUGUUAUCUCGCGACAUGUCACACCCAUCCAAAAAUUUCACGUGCAUGCCGCACACAAAAAUUCGACUUCACAUCGGUGUAAAAUUGCACACCCUGGACACAUGAAAAAUUGUUCCCAAGCAAUCACCAGGACCAGAAUUUCGACGACUGAAUGAAUAAUGUCCGCAAGGGAUAAUUUCUUUGUUUACACAGCGCGUAUUUGUCAAGGUAGCGGUGCAGAAAUACUGGGUGUUGCCCACGAGGGACGGUAUGGCUGCCAGUCGACAGGACCACCUACACUUAGCCACCAGCCUGAGCACAGCAUCCGGACGACGAGCAACGCGCAUCGACCUCGAGAAGCGUCUGGAGAAAGCUGGAAGCGGUUCUUUCUCCGGGGAGUUUCCCUCCAGGGUUGGCUACAAUGAGUGCCAGGCACGUUUUGAGGCUAUCGUCCAGGCGACUGGCACAAUGGCUCCGGGGCUCAAAUGGGUGAAGGAAACAUACGAUGCCUCGAUCCAGGUACUUCUGGAGGGCUGCAAGGCAAAGCUGGAGCAGGGCAGAGAGAUCCACAGGCUGGCAAGCCAUGACACUACCAUGCGUCUACUUAGGAUGAGAGAGCAGGAACUGAAAGAACGGAUUGCAAUUGUGCAGAAUGACACGGAGAGACUGCAAAAGAAGCUGGACCAGACAAGGGAGAAAACUGAGCAGAAAAAACUGGACCUACGUAAAUGUGUCCACACAGAAGCAAAGCGUAUUCAGCGAUCAGCCAUUAAUGAGUCGGAGCGUCGUAUCCUUCUGCAAGCCCUGCCUGGAGACAGCAGCUUUGAUGUCAAAUACCUGCAAAAGAAGCUGGCGGUGCUGAAAAAGGAAAUGGCUGAACUCCAAGAAGCUGCCCAUCAGACAAUGAUGCCGAAGGAACGAGGCAAGCCGCUUGAAGAAGAGAUAAAGCGCCUUGAGCUCGAGGAGAGACUUCCACUGUCAGAUGAGGAGAGCAGGCGAAGGCGAGAAGAGAAACUUUUAAACGUUGCAUUAGUGGCCGCACAGGAGUAUGAACACAAUCUGAAGUAUGUGCGUCCUCAGUGCAGCAUUACGCAGCACAUCAUCAACAAGCUCAAUGAAGUGAGUCGCUCGGAUUAUCAAACAUCAGAUCAUGGCUCGGCCUUUGAGGAUAAUGAGGAGAUGCGUGGCCACCAGAAAGCACUGUUCAGUAUGGACACAUUCACCAGGCUCAUGGAGGAGAAGAACUAUCAUGAUGCUGCUGUCCUAGCAACCGUACACUGUCCGGAAGUCUUAAGGAACCACAGCACGCUGAAUCAGUUCCAGAAAGCGGAAGCAAGCAAAACAGUGCCUGAGCCAUUUCUCUGCUACUGUGAAGCAAUGGUGACUCUACCUGGCAUAGCAAUGGAUGAGUCUGAAACCAUGGAAUGUGCUUUCUUCAUGAUGAGAAAAGGCAUGCUACGAGAAGUCGAGAAGUGGAUGACGAUGCGAAAGCUUACGCCAUCUGCUGGACUCGGUGAUCUCCUCCUGAAGUACGCCAAGCAUUCCAACUCCACCGAUGAGAAACGGCGUGCAGUACACUUGGCAGAAGCAGUGUACCUGCGUUGCGGUGGCUAUGUACAGGCACUGUCGUGUAUGGUGAUGCAAGGACAGCUACAGCGCAUGCUAUCCAUCGCUAGGCGGAUGCCAUCCAUGGGAAGAGCUAAUUUUGUGGAGGUUCUCCAGCGUCACCCCUCUGCCGAUGUCGGCUUUGCACUGAUGUCCGAAUCCAGGUCGCCAUGUCAACCAGCCCUGACAGCUGCCGAGGUGUUGACCGGUCUGGCCGAUGGCGGUAGUGCCUCAGCGACAAUGACUGUUGCCUUGAAACUCUUUGGACAAAGCCUGGAUGGACUGGAAGCAUACAUGAUUGAGGACAACAGGACGACCAAAUCAGAAUGGGCAAGAGUGGCGGACCUGUGUGGAAAGCUCCCUGGACUUGACGAGCUGGUCGACAAAAUCGGAACCUGCCUAUCCCAAAAGUUCCCAGAACAGCAACUAGCAACAGAGUAGUUUUCUGAGAUGUGUAUAUUAUUAUUGUACAUUGCCAGCAAAAUAUUCUACAAAUAUCUGAAUUUACAUUUCACAGAACAUUCAUGUAAAUUAUAAUUCAAUAUUCUUUUGAUCUUGUGAGUUUAUUGAUUACACUUCCUCCUUGUAA